AUGACUUUAGAUAAAUACAAAUUUACGAUUCCAAAAAUAGUUAAUCAAGCCGUAAGUAAAAAAGUAAAAAAAAAAGGAGAUGGAAUCCCAGGAGAUCGAAUAAAGUUAAAUGAAAUUAUUCAAGACACGUUUGAUCCCAGACGUUUCAAUGGAAGUUGGAUAUCAGAUGAUCAGUUAGAAUUUAGAGAUAAAAAUGGCCACUUAGUUAUGUAUUCCGUGCGUACUAAAUCAUCAAAGGUUAUUUUAGAGAAUACAACUUUUUCUGAUUACGAUGUAAAGAAAUACAGUAUAUCGGCCGAUCACAAUUAUGUUCUCUUGCUUCACGAUGUAAAAAAGCUUUAUAGAUAUUCAUUUAAUGCAAAAUAUAAGAUUUUUGAUCUAGAAAACAAAACGGUUUCACAACUGCAUCAUCCUGAGGACUUUGAAGGAUAUUUGCAGUAUGCUGCAUGGGGCCCUCGUGAUAAUCAAUUAGUUUAUGUUUUCGAAAAUAAUUUAUACUAUGUUCCUGAAGCAAAUGGUGCCCAUUAUCCUGUUUCUAAUAGUGGAGUUGAUAAAAUUAUAUUUAAUGGUAUUCCAGACUAUCUUUAUGAAGAGGAACUUUUGAGAAGUAACAGUGCAGUAUGGUGGGCGCCUGAUGGUAAUUCUCUUUGUUAUGCAACAAUUAAUGAUACGAAAGUCAACGCAUAUUACUACGAUUGGUACGGGAACGUUAGCAGAAACGAUUCAGAGGGUGCUUAUCCUGAAUUCCUUUCCUUACGCUUCCCUAAACCUGGCGGAGAUAAUCCUUCUGCAUUUCUGUGGGUGGUCGACCUUCGAAAUAUUCCUAACAUUCUAAAAAGAGACGUAAAACCACCCCGAGAAGUUCAAGACCAGUUAGUGCAUGUGUGGUUUGUGAUCACGAAAGCAAUAGAAGAUAACGCUCAUGGAUUUGCAGAGUAUACUAUGAUAGUUAAGAUAGGACAAAAGAUGGUGGUAGCAAUCACCUGGUAUCACCUGUUUCCUUUCAGGGAUCAUUAUUUUACAUCUGUUCAGUGGAUUGAUAGUCAAAGUUUAGCUGUUAUUUGGUUAGCUAGAUCUCAGAACUUUUCUGUAGUCACUCAGUGCUCCGCAGAGCUUUGGUAUUGUGUUGUGAUAUAUGAACAGAGUCCACCGAGCAGGAAAGGUUGGGUUGAUUUACGAGGUCCAAUCUUUUUUGGUCAAAAUGGUACCAACUGGUACAUGAGAUUACCACUCCCAGAAGGACAGCAUGGCCACUAUAAACACGUAGCAGUUGCUUAUAAUGACACUCGACAUGUUGACUUUUUAACUCAGGGUCGCUUCGACAUUUUUCAAGUUGUUGCCUAUCAUGGAGGCUCAAAUACUCUGUACUAUUUAACUACUCUGGAAAACCGUCCAGGAGAACGACACUUGUUUUCAGUAUCUGGUAAAAAAGCCCGUUCCACUACUUUCACGAAGUGCUUAACAUGCGAGGAAGGACCCGAUUGUCUCUACUUCAAUGUUAUUUUCAGUCCAACUUCUGAGUAUUACGUGCUUGAAUGUCUAGGACCUGGCAUACCCAAAAUAGAAAUUCGAUCGAUAUAUAAUCAAACAUUUGAUACACUUGAUACUAACGAUGACCUAAGGGCAAUCAUCCAAGAAAAAGCACUUCCUCAAAUUCGAACAUUUCAAGUUUCUGUUCAAAACGGCUACAAAGCACAAGUGCGCCUAUUUUUGCCCCCUGGCGUAUCUGAAAACGAAGUGCUGCUUUAUCCACUAGUCGUGUUUGUAGAUGGAUCUCCAGGUUCCCAGUUGGUCACCAACGAGUUCAAACUGCAUUGGGGAAGCUACCUCGCAAGUCGUCGAAAUCACAUUUAUGCCUGGAUAGACGGAAGAGGUAGCGGGUUUCAAGGAGACAAGAUGAUGCACGAGGUCUAUUAUAGACUCGGAGGUCCAGAAGUGGAAGAUCAAAUAGAAGUUACGAGAUAUCUGAAGGAAAAUCUUGCAUUCAUUCAUCCGAAGCACACGGCCAUAUGGGGAUGGUUCUACGGUGGUUACGUUGCUGCAAAAGCACUUUCUCAUGAAAACACCGUGUUUAAAUGUGCCAUGUCUGUGGCACCAGUGACUAGUUGGAUAUAUUACGAUUCUGCAUUUUCGGAACGAUACAUGGGAACACCAGCACCGCAAGACAAUUAUAUGAAUUACGAAAAAGCAAGUCUUGUAAAAAAUGCCGAGAAAUUGAAGGGAAAAAAGUUGCUUUUAGUUCAUGGAACAGCUGAUGAAAAGGUGCAUAUCCAUCAAACAUUAAUGCUCAUGAAAGCCCUAGUCCAAGAAGGCGUGCUUUUCCAAUCACAACUCUAUCCAGAUGAAGACCACUCUCUUUUCGGAGUUCGACGUCACCUGUUUCGAACAAUGGAAGAUUUUCUGAAUGAGUGCUUUUACAUUCAAAGAAAAGACGAAUACGAGAAUACGAGAGUUAAAAAAGAUAUAAAAUCCCCGUAAUUCUAUGGUGCAUCAAGAAAAAGUAUUCCAAGAGUUUUUGAAAACUGUACACACAAACACAUCAAAAGGGCACUUACCUUUUGAAUCGACAUCCUCGAUCGAUCUUGAUAUACAACUGUGUAUUUUUCCGUCUUCAUCAUGUUGAAAUUUGGUUCUAUAUUCGUGUUUGUAAUGCAAAAACAUGAAAUGGUCUACUCAUUUCAAUUGCAUAUGAUCUAAUGAAAAGUGAGUAAAAUAUGAAGUGAAUACAAGUAAAAUGUAAAUCUAUUUGUUAAAUAAUUGAUAUCAGACUUAUUGCUUUGUGCUUUGUAACUGAACCUUCAUUUGGUGGAACUGUUCGUGGAACUUUAUUUAUAAGCAAAUGUUCUUUUAGAUCAAUAAUUUCUGCAAUUCAAUUGCUAUAUACAUUUUUUAGUUCCAUCGAUACCUUCAUCUGAUUGAAUAAGUUUGUUUUUAUUUGUUGAAACAGUUUAAAUAUUCCCGAAAAAAUUAAGUCAAACCUGCAAUCAAACGAAAAAAAGGUAUAUGAUGCUCCAUUAUCGUUUUGGAGUAUUUAAUUUUUAAUAUUGGAUCAUUUAGGUUAGUUUUUAUCCGUCUGUAAUUGGUAUUAUUUGAAAACAGUUACAGUAAUAUGACUGUAUAUGAGACUUAUUAGAUACUACAUGGAUGCUUUAGUUCAAUCAAUAACUUCAUCUCACAGAAUAAAUUUAUGUUAGUCCAAACAGUUAAAAUAUUCCCCAAAAAAUUAUGUCAAAUCUAAAAUUUAAAGAACAAAAAAUGUAUAUGAUGCCUCAUUAUCAUUUUGGAGUAUUUACUUUUAUCCAUAUUUGUUCAUUGAGGUUAGUUUUAUCCUUCUGUAAUUCAUAUUAUUUAAUAAGAGUUACAGUGUUGUGACUGUAUAUGAGACUUACAAGAUCGAUGGAGUAUAAUUAUCAUUAAAUAUGUUAAGUAAUACUCUAAUCGGAUAUCUCCAAGGAAAUAACAUAAAUAUUGUAUCACAUUAUGUAAGAGUUGCGUAAAAAUUGUAGACACUUGUCAUUGUAUCACCAAUUAAGUUAUGUAAACAAUGGUACCAUUCAGGGUAAUGAAGGAAGGAAAGUUCCACAUAUUUGAUUAAUCAAUUCAUUUCGGAGCAUUGAAUAUAAAUUGUGCUAAUAAGUGAAUAUAAAUAGUGCUAGAAGUGAUUCGUCUCAAGAAUCGUACUAGUAUUCUUCGAUGUAUUUAAAUGUUGAAAAAAAAAUUGUGCUUUUUAGCAAUGAUUGCUCCAUUCCCUUACGAAGUGCUGCACAGUUGUUCUCAGUUACAAUUCUCCGAUUCCCACUUCUUUAUUUUAAUAACUGCAAUUGAAAAUUUUCCUGAAGAUCACGCCUUGGUCUCAGCAGAUCAGACAUUGAUGUUCAGUGCUCAAAAUAAAAAACGGAUCACUCCGAAUAACUUUUAAUCUAAUGAUUUUAGUCAUCAUGUUUUAUGACUCAAUCUUAACAGUUUGAGGGAAUGUCCUCAGAUAUGAUAAUUAAUUGGUGUCCAUGUUUUAAGUUACGAAAUGAGAUAUAAAAACGUACUUU